AUGGCUGGCCGUGUGAGGCAUCCUAUCGACGUCAAGUCGCUCGAGCGGUAUAUUCAGAAGCAUGUACCUGAGAUCGAAACGCCACUGGACGUAAAGCAGUUUGGCUUUGGGCAGUCCAAUCCGACAUAUCAACUUACAUCGCCCUCGGGUACGCGAUAUGUGCUGCGAAAGAAGCCGCCGGGAAAGCUGCUCUCCAAGGCAGCGCACAAGGUCGAGCGCGAGCACCGCAUCAUUGCAGCCCUCGGCGCCGGCGCCACCGAUGUGCCCGUACCGCGCGCCUACUGCCUUUGCGAGGAUCCGGCCGUCAUUGGUACACCCUUUUACAUCAUGUCAUUCCUCGAUGGUCGCAUCAUUGAGGAUCCGGCCAUGCCCGACGUCUCGUCGCCGGCCGAGCGCUCCGCUCUUUGGCGCGCUGCUGUAGAGACACUUGCGCGCCUGCACCGUGUCGAUCAACAGGCUGUCGGUUUGGCUAGCUACGGGCGUUCCAAUGGUUUUUAUGAUCGGCAAUUAGCUACUUGGAAGACCAUCUGCGCAGCGCAAGCGUCUGCCGUCGAUGCUGAUACGGGGAAACCUGUAGGGCAGCUGCCUCACUUUGACGAGUUCAUGUCAUUCUUCUCGGAUGCGUCGCAGCAGCCAACCGACCGGUCGAGUUUGAUCCACGGUGAUUACAAGAUUGACAAUAUUGUGUUCCACAAGACGAAACCCAUUGUCAUUGGCAUACUUGACUGGGAAAUGUCAACUGUCGGCCACCCGCUCAGCGAUCUGGCUAAUAUCAUGAACCCUUUCUACACGGCUGUCAUGCCGGGGGACAAAAAGUACGCCACGUCUGAUGCUUUCCAACCCGGCGCAACCCCAGGCCUACCGGACCCGGAGACCAUCAUGGCAUGGUAUGCCGAAACAGCUGGGUGGGAUCCCCGGUCUGAGAUCAAUUGGGGAAUGGCUUUCAGCAUUUUCCGUCUUGCUGCCAUUUGCCAGGGCAUAGCCGCGCGCGUUGCUACCAAACAGGCCAGCAGUGAACAAGCGCGCAAGCACGCGGAAUCAUUGGGCCCGCUUGCCGAAUUCGCCUGGCAAUUGGUUGAGAAGGAGAAGAAGAACAAGAAGAAAAAGACCAGUCUAGCUGCUAAACUAUAA